AUGACCCUUGUAUUUUGUUCGUCACUCAUCCAAUCUCCAACAGACCCCAAUACGCACGAUGCAAUGCAUGUCGCAGAAGAAGACGCCCUGGUUGCUUCGGCCAUAGUCUAUCCAAGUACCACAGAAGAAGUACAAAAGAUCGUACACUGGGCUAACAAGUACCGGAUGCCUAUUUCACCCAUCUCCAUUGGCCGAAACUAUGGCUAUGGAGGCGCUGCUCCUCGAGUCCGGGGUGCAGUGGUCAUCGACCUCGGGAGGCGAAUGAAUCGAGUCUUGGAUCUCAAUCCCGAUGACUGUACGUGUCUGGUCGAGCCAGGUGUCACAUAUUUCGCCCUUUACGAAGAGAUUCAGGCUCGGGGUUUCAAUCAUCUAUGGGUCGAUGUGCCUGAUAUUGGAGGUGGCUCAGUCCUAGGUAAUGCACUUGAUAGAGGAGUGGGCUAUACCCCAUAUGGAGACCAUUGGAUGAUGCACUCUGGGAUGGAGGUUGUGCUUCCGACUGGAGAGGUCAUCAGAACAGGCAUGGGGGCGCUACCGGGCAACAACAGCUGGCAACUGUUUCCCUAUGGCUUUGGGCCAACUCCUGAGUAUUCAAAUUUAGGCAUUGUGACAAAGAUGGGAUUCGGAUUGAUGCCAAACCCUGGCGGAUAUGAGAGUUAUCUCUAUACAUUCCCGAAAGACGAGGAUUUGAGCCAGCUGAUAGAGAUCAUUCGCCCAUUGCGAAUCGCCAUGAUCCUCGAAAACGUCGCUCAGCUGCGUCACAUCAGUAUGCAGGUUGGUCUCGAAGGCAAAUCUCGAAGCUCUUAUUACACCGGGAAAGGCAGAGUUCCCGACAACAUCAUUCAUGAAGCAGCCAAAAAGCUAUCCUCAGGGGAUUGCUCCUGGCUGUACUACGGCAUGGCCUACGGACCUCAAGAGAUUCGGAAGUACAAGCUUGAGAUCAUCCACAAAGAGUUCAUGAAAAUCCCAGGUGCCCAACGCGUUGAUCCCAAUACUCUCCCAGCAACCGACUAUUUCUGGGUACGCGACCGUAUUGCCUCCGGCGUCCCUGAUAUCGAGGAACUGCGCUGGGUUAAUUGGCAUCCGAACGGCGGACAUGCUGCAUUUAGUCCUGUCUCGCCGGUGCGGGGACACGACGCCACGGCUCUUUGGAACAUUGCGCGAAAACGCUGUGAGGAGUUUGAUCUUGACUUGUUCCCCACUUUCGUGGUGGGUCUACGCGAGAUGCAUCUGAUCGUUGAGAUUGUAUUCAACCGCGAUGAGCCUGUCAUGCGCAACAAUGUGCGAGCCUGUCUACGGGCUAUGAUUGACGAUGCUGCGAAGCUUGGUUAUGGUGAAUAUCGGACCCAUCUAGCUUUUAUGGAUCAGAUUGCUGGGACUUAUAACUGGAACGAUGGUGCGCUUAUGAAGUUUAAUGAGAAGAUCAAGGACUGCUUGGACCCAAAUGGUAUCAUGGCUCCAGGCAAAUCUGGCGUUUGGCCUGCGCGAUAUCGUGGACGUGGAUGGGAGAUGUCGGCGAAAGACGAGGCUCCUGAAGGCUUGGGAGUAAGUCCGGCUCCGGUUUCAACAAAGCUGUGA